AUGGCCGGCAAGAAAAAGAAUAAGAAGAAGAACAACAAUAACAACAGCCCUCCCGCCGGAAGUGCACCAAAACCCGACACCAACGAUAAUAAAGAAGAUUCCAUCAAGGCCGCUGGCGAGCCCCCGGCUUUGAUACCGGAAGAUGCCAAUGGGUUACAAGACAAUCAAGACCCCAACACCACCGAACCAAAGGAUGACGCCCCGGCCGAACCCGCAGCAGAGGAACCUAGCCCACCAGCCGAGGAAUCAUCUGAAUCCCCAGAAUCUGCUGAGGAAACAACACCCGCCGAGCCAACUGACGCCCCCAAUGACACAGCCGACGCCGACGUCAAGGAAGAAGGUGCAGAUGCGCCUGCUGGCGAUGAGCCUCCGCCGAACGCAGAGGGGGAAGGUGUCCCAGAUGAAGCCCCUCAAGAACCGCCUGCAGAAGCUGCAGAGCCCGAGCCGAAAGACGAAGAGGUUGUCCCAGCAGCAGAGGAUAGCGCCCCAAAUCCCGAUGACGGUGGAAACAAUGACGAAGAUUUUCCAGCUUGUGACCCUGAAGAGGGAGCCGACAAGGUAGAGGCCGAGAAGGAAGCUGAAAAGGAGGCCGAACGACUAGCAGCUGAAGAGGCCGAGGCCGACGCUGCCAAAUCCGAAGCAGCCCAGGGUGACGCUGAUGAGACCAAUGCCGAUGCUCCAGCAGACACUCCAGCCGAAGGCAGUGAAGAGGCUCCAGAAGAAGCUCCGCCGACAACCGAGGAGCCUGCUUCCGAAAAUUCUGAAGCUACAGCCCCACCAGAUGAUGCGCCUGUAACUGAGGCUGCAGAUGAGACUAAACCUCCGGAGGGUGAAAUCGAACCCGAAGCUCAACCAGACGAACCUCCUGUGGAGAGUGAACCUGCGCAACCAGAGCCUGUGGAAGAGGCAACGCCGGAACCAGUUGUUGCAUUGACAGCAGGCCAAAAAAAGAAGAACAAGAAGGCCAAGAAUAAGAAAAAGAAGGACAAGGAUAAACCCGAGCCUGAACCUGAGCCCGAAUCCGAACCACCAGCUCCUAUUCCAGUAGUAGAGCCUCCAGCAGAGGAGCAACCGACAGAAGAACCUGCUGAGGCAGCCCCCGAACCAGAAACGAUAACCGAGCCGGAACUUAAGCCAGAAGAAGUUGCUGAAGAGCCCGCAGUCGCUGCACCAGAAGAAGCCAGUGAUGCUCCUGCAGAUCCCGCCCCUGAGCCAGAGGCUACAACACCAGAGGAUCCCGAAAGUCCCCCUCCAACCGAAGAACCCGCGCCAGAAUCUGCCGAGCCAGAAGUUCAACCAACCGAAGAACCCGCUACUGAGCCUGUUCCUGUUGAGGCAGAGCCAGAACCUACUCCCGAGGUAGCUACUGAGGAAGAGAAACCCGCUGUUGAUGACAUCCCAGCGGAGACUUCCGAAGAACCGGCACCAGAGCCAGUCUCAGCUCCUACUGAGGAGGUACCUGAGGAACCGGUCGUUGAAGCUCCCGUUGAAGAACCCGCCGCUGAAGAGCCUGUCAUCGAAGAGCCGGUUGUCGAAGAGCCUGUCGCCGAGACAUCUACUGAAGCUCCUGCUGAACCUGCCCCCGAGGAAGUUCCAGCUGCGGAAGAAACGGCACCAGUUACUGAGGAGCCGACUGCCGAAGAGCCUGUAGCCGCUGAAGAGCCCGCUGUUGUCGAGCCUGCUGAGGUGGAGGUACAGGUUGAAACUGUACCCGAAGAAUCCGCCAAAGAGGAACCCGCAAAAGAGGCUACACUAGAGGAGCCUACGGUUGAAGAAUCAGCACCAGUCCCUGAGGAAGCAGUCAUCGAAGCACCAGCUGCAGAGGAGCCUACUGUUGAGGCACCAAUCGCCGAGGAGCCAGAGGCGGAAGAGCCAGUCGUCGAGGCACCAGCUGCUGAGGAGUCACCCGCCGAAGAGUCAGUCGCUGAAGCACCAGCUGCUGAAGAGCCACCCGCUGGAGAGCCACCCGCUGAAGAGCCACCCGCUGAAGAGCCACCCGCUGAAGAGCCACCCGCUGAAGAGCCACCCGCUGAAGAGCCACCCGCUGAAGAGCCACCCGCUGAAGAGCCAGUCGCUGAAGCACCAGCUGCUGAAGAGCCACCCGCUGAAGAGCCACCCGCUGAAGAGCCACCCGCUGAAGAGCCACCCGCUGAAGAGCCAGUCGCUGAAGCACCAGCUGCUGAAGAGCCACCCGCUGAAGAGCCAGUCGCUGAAGCACCAGCUGCUGAAGAGCCACCUGUUGAAGACCCUGUCGUGGAAGCACCGGCCGCUGAGGAGCCUGUCGUCGAAGCACCAGCUGCUGAAGAGCCACCCGCUGAAGAGCCGGUCGUCGAAGCACCAGCUGCUGAAGAGCCAGCUCCUGAGCCAACCCCUCCCGUAGAAGAGCCAGCUGCUCCAGAGGAACCCCCGGCUGAAGAGUCUGUCCCCGAGCCAGCUCCUCCUGCAGAAGAACCACCAAUUGAAGCAGCCCCGGUUGAAGAGUCACCAGUGGAACUUGCUCCGGAGGAGCCUGCACCUGAGGAGUCAUUUGCGCCCGAUGAAGGACCACGCGGAGAACUUGCACCAGAAGAGCGAGUCGAAGAUGUUCCCUAUUUCGAAGAACCCGUGGAGGCACCAGGAAGCAAAGAUGGUACCCGCCGCCGCAAGAGACGCUCACCAGGAGAUCGUGGAGAUCGUGGAGACCGCGGAGAUCGCGGAGAACGCGAACGACGCUACUCCAAGACAUCCUCCGACGGAAACAAGGGACAACAGCUCCUUCAGCGCCAGAAGAGCGAGCGUAGCGUGUUCACCAACCGAUGGGCCAAAGCCUUGGAGGAAGCGAAGCGGCAACACGAGGAAAAGAAGCGCGGCGAAGUGCAAAUCAAGCGAGCCAAGGCAGCUGUUGAAGCCGACAAGGAACGGAGUGGUAUCUCAUCUUCAGAGAAAGUCAAACGUCCGGAGCGCUCUUCCUCAAAAGAGCAAGACAUCCCGAUUAUCGAGCCCAAACUGAAGCGCAGUCUUUCCUCCAAGGAGAAGGAGUCAAGUCGGUCUUCCAAGCCGCCUCCUUCUUCGAAACCACCUUCAUCAUCCAAGCAGAGCUCCACUUCUCCACCCAAGCCCCGUCAUUUCCUUCGAUACAUGGGCAACGGCCAAUCCGACACCCCCAAGCCACUUGUGCGUGCCAACACGACCAAGUCAUUGACUCCAGCCUCCGAUCGUCCCCGUCGGUCCUCGACAACCCAGAGUCACGGAAGCCACGGCAGUGGUGACCGGGCACCGAACGAGGAGAGAAAAUCUAGCAGCCGAUCUGGUGGCUCGGUUUCCCGCCGGGAAGAGGAGGCCCCCCGUCAAGAGAAAGAGAAGGAGAGGGAGAAGAAGCCUCGUCGGCGGUCUCGUGAAGAACCCGAACCCAGUCGGCCCCGUGAAAGGGAGCGGGAGCGAGAGAGAGAGAGGGAGAGAGAGGUGGAAAAGGAGAAGGAGAGGCCCGAAAGGGAGCGCCGCUAUCGUGAGCGUGAGGCUCGCGAAGGUGAGGACGGUCGUCGUCGUCGGCACCGCCGGGAACCCUCGCCGCCGAAGGAGUCGAGGCUGAAGGGUCUUCUCAGGACUAUUACUGCUCAUUAG